ACGUGUCAGGAGCGCAGCCCGCCCAAAGAAUACACACCAAGAUUUUUUUUUUCCACGUUAAAUAAAAGUCCAUAAAUAGUUUGUAUUAUACAUUAGAUUUUUUUUUUAAUUAGUAUUUUUCUGUGCGCGAAUAUGAGGCGGUUGGUGCUGCUGGCGCUGUGCGCGUGCAGCGCGGUGGUGUGUGUGCCGAAGACCGGCAGGAAUAAGCGACAGGGGCAACAACAGGUGGUCACCCUACCGGAGGAGCUAGCGUACACACACCAAGCUGGCUGUACGGAAAAUGGGCGUUUUUACAAAGUCAAUGAACAAUGGGAACGACCCUACAUGGGCAGCACUUUACUGUGUACGUGCAAAGGAUCGUCCGGCGUCCAGUGUGAAUCCAAACCUACAGCUGAAGAGAUGUGCUUCGAUAAAUUCAACGCUAGGUCGUACCGCGUGGGCGAGACGUACGAGCGGCCAAAGGACGGGAUGAUCUGGGACUGCACCUGCAUUGGCUCAGGUCGAGGCAAAAUCAGCUGCAGUAUCGCAAAUCGUUGUCAUGAAGGAGGUCACUCAUACAGAAUCGGCGAAACCUGGACUCGACCCCACGACACAGGCGACUACAUGCUCGAGUGUGUGUGCCUCGGAAACGGAAAGGGAGAGUGGACCUGCAAACCCAUUGCCGAGCGCUGCUACGACACGUCAUUGGGCACGUCCUAUGUGGUGGGGCAGACAUGGGAGAAACCUUACCAGGGCUGGAUGAUCGUCGACUGCACCUGUCUGGGCGAAGGCAACGGACGCAUCACCUGCACCUCCAGGAAUCGUUGUAAUGACCAGGAUAAGAGAAAGUCGUACCGCAUCGGAGAGACAUGGACUAAAGUAGACUCACAAGGCCGCACGCAGCAGUGUUUAUGUACAGGAAACGGCCGCGGCGAAUGGAAGUGCGAGAUGCACUCGUCUGCGCAUACCACCCUGGGUGAGUGCGAUACAGGUUCAGGCUCAGCCUUGUCUACUGAGGUCAAACCCGUCACUCACCAGCUGACCAUUGUGCCCGAGCUGCCCGAGAUCGGUGCGUGUCAAACCAGAUCUGGCACCGUCUACUACAACGGCAUGCGCUGGGUCCAAACGCAGGGCAGCCAGCAGAUGAUCUGCACCUGCAUUAAUGGAGGCAUCAGCUGUGAAGAAUGGGACGGCCAGGCACAUGUAUACGGCGGGAACUCUAACGGCCAGCCGUGUGUGUUUCCCUUUGUGUAUGGUGGAAAAACACACUACUCAUGCAUCUCUGAAGGCCGAUCUGAUGGGCAGCUGUGGUGCAGCACCACCUCCAGCUACGACACGGAUAGCCAGUACUCGUUCUGUACUCAGAGGAAUUUGAUGGUGACGACUCGCGGUGGAAACUCUAACGGUGCACUGUGCCAGUUUCCCUUCCUGUACAACGGUCGUAAUUACACGGACUGCACAGCCGACGGCCGCCGCGAUGGGAUGAAGUGGUGUGGCACGACGUCAAACUACGAUGAUGAACGACGCUACGGAUUCUGUCCCAUGGCUGAUCAUGAGGAAGUCUGCACAGUAAACGACGUCAUGUACCGCAUUAAUGAUGAGUGGGACAAGCGCCAUGACACCAUGGGUCACAUGAUGCGCUGCAAGUGUUUGGGUAACGGCCGGGGAGAGUGGAGCUGCGUCGCCCACUCACAGCUUCGAGAUCAGUGCAUCGUAGACACACUCACAUAUGAAGUUGGCCAGACAUUUGACAAGCGCCACAAAGAGGGCUACAUGAUGAACUGCACGUGUUUCGGUCAGGGCCGUGGCCGAUGGAAAUGCGACGCUAUCGAUCAGUGCCAAGAAGCUGAGACGAAAGUGUUUUAUCAGAUCGGAGAGACAUGGGAUAAAGUGAGCCACGGCGUCCAAUAUCGGUGCACAUGUUACGGAAACUCUAUCGGAGAACAUGCCUGCGAGCCUCUCCGGGCCAGGGUUCCAGUACGCGUGACCAUCACGGAGACAGGAAACCAGCCCAACCAGCCCAUCCAGUGGAACCCACCAGCCUCUGCCCACAUUACUCAGUACAUCCUCAAGUGGAGAGUGAAAAACACACGGACCCCAUGGAGGGAGGUCGUUAUUCCGGGUCACAUCAACUCCUACACCAUUGCAGGCCUCAAACCGGGCCUGACCUACGAGGGCCAGCUCAUUAGCAUCCUGAGCUACGGUCAGAGAGAAGUGACCAGCUUCGACUUCACCACAAUCCACGGCUCGUUGGUUCCAACAGAGGGCGUGACCAAUCUGCCCACGCGAGUACUCGACACGUCUGAAUCCGUCACCGAGAUCACUUCCAGCAGUUUUGUCGUUUCCUGGACGUCAGCGUCUGAGACCAUCUCUGGAUUCAGAGUGCUGUAUGAACUCUCUGAGGAUGGAGCCGAGCCCACGGUGAUCGACCUCCCGCGCACCGCCACAUCAGUGAACAUUGACAAGCUCCUGCCAGGCCGAACGUACCAGGUUCAAGUUUUUGAAGUCGAGCCAGAAGGAGAGACUAACCUCAUCCUGACCACCACUCAGACCACUGCUCCUGAUACUCCAACCGGUCACAGAGUUACGGAUGUCGGGGAAACGUCCAUCGUGAUCUCCUGGACCAAACCUCAAGCGCCGAUCACCAGUUACCGUGUGGUGUACACCCCAUCUAUUGAAGGCAGCAGCACCGAGCUCAUCCUGCCCGAGACGGUAACCACUGUGACCCUGGCUGACCUGCAGCCCGGACAGUCGUAUAACGUUAGCAUCUUCGCCGUGGAGGGAAACCUGGAGAGCGAACCGGUAGUGCUACAGGUGCACACAGCUGGAGAGUCGCGGCCUGAGGAAGUCCAGGCACCGACCGAGCUGCAGUUCUAUGAGGUCAGCGAUGUGAAGAUCACCAUCACGUGGACAGGGCCACCCAGCGAGGUGUCGGGCUACCGCGUGACCUAUGAACCUGUGGGCUCUGACGGCCGUGCAACGCAAAGGCCACUAGUGCUUCCCACUACCUCCAACGCCUACUCUGAGAUCACACACCUUCAGCCUGGCACCUUGUACCGCUUCUACAUCUACUCUCUGUACGGCGGAUCUGAGAGCCAGCCGCUGGUGGGAGAGAGGUCUACCUUACCUGAUGCUCCUACAGACCUGCGCUUCUCAGAAGUUACAGAAGACAGCAUUGUGGUGAUGUGGUCCUCCCCGCAGUCCCAGAUCACCGGUUAUCGGCUCUUCGUAACCGCAGAGGACUCCACCCCUCCGAAGCAGCUGAGGGUCCGACCUGAAGAGACGCAGUACACCAUCCAGGACCUGCAACCGGACACGCUGUACACCAUCUCACUGCACUCGGAGCAGGGCACCACACUGAGCGAGGGCAUCUCUGGGACCGCCACCACCUCUGUGCCAUUCGGUAACGCUCCCCGUUUCUCCACGGACGUCACCGACACCUCCAUCAUCAUCUCCUGGACGCCUGUUCCGCGCUUCAGCUACAGGAUGUCGGUGAAACCGAGUCAAGGUGGCGAGGCUCCCAGGGUCGUGACCUCCGAUUCAGGAAGCAUCUACAUCAGGGGCCUGACCCCCGGAGUGGAGUACACCUACAGCCUGCAGCCGUUAUUCAACAACCGCAAACAGGGCAACCCCAUCACGCACAAAGUCGUUACACCGCUGUCUCCACCGAGUCAUCUCAAUCUGGUGUCCAACCCCGACACGGGCGACCUCAACGUACGCUGGCGCGAGACCCCCACCCCUGACAUCUCAGGUUACCGGGUGACAUGUACACCCACCUUGGGGCAGCGUGGGAAUUCCUUGGAGGAGUUUGUGCCAGGCGGGCAGACAUCAUGCACGUUGGAGAACUUGAUCCCUGGUGUUGAGUACAACGUCAGCGUCUUCGCCGUUAAAAACCACAUGGAGAGCGAACCCAUCUCCUCCGUGAUCAGACAAGACAUGCCGAAGGUGAAAGACCUCGGUUAUGUCAACGUGACCGACACCACCAUCGGGAUUCACUGGACGCCUAUAAACCACCCCGCCGUUAUGGGGUACCGCAUCACGGUAAUGGCCGCCGGAGAGAGUUUGCCCAUCUUAGAGGAUUCACUGGAUUCCUCCACCAAUUAUUAUACGGUUCGAGGACUGGAGCCUGGUGUCGACUACCACAUCAGCGUCAUCGUACUAACGGAGGACAACGAGAGCGAGCCAACAACCAUCACGCAGCAAACACAAGCUGGCAUUCCGGCUCCAACAAAUCUGAACUUUGGUGAGGUCGGUCCGGACUCGAUGCGUCUCUCAUGGACCCGCCCCUCAGUCCGCCAAUCAGAGAUCAGCCGUUUUGUGAUUCGCUAUCACCCAAGCAACAAUGACGACAAUAUACAAGAAGUUAAUGUGGGCGGAGCCACCACCACCUACCUCCUCCAAAACCUGCUUCCCGUCACUGAGUACGUGGUGAGCGUGUUGUGUGUAUACGGUGAGAGAGAGAGCACCCCGGUCACGGGCAGACAGACCACCACACUCGACUCUCCCAGCGGCCUCGUCUUCUCCGAUGUGUCCACCAACGGGUUCACGGCACACUGGCAGCCCCCGCGUGCGCAGAUCACAGGCUACCGCUUGGUGUACAUGAAGGCCAGCGGGGGGCGCCGUCAGGAGGAGCGUCUGCCACCGAGCCGCACACGUUACGCCCUGAACAACCUGGAGCCUAACACACUGUACACACUGUACAUCUACGCCCUCAGCGGCCGCCAGGAGAGUCAACCUCUCACUGGCACACAGUCUACCAUCUCAGAUGCUCCCACUGACCUGGAGGUGACCUCAUCCAGCCCGAACAGCAUCACCCUGACAUGGGAAGCUCCUGCCAUUCCAGUGCGCUACUACAGGAUCCAACACGGACAGACCGGUGAAGGCAGCCCUGGGCAGGAGUUCACUGUGCCUGGCACAGAUACAUCGGCCACCAUUCAGGGACUGCAGCCGGGCACCGAUUACACCAUCACCAUCUACGCAGUGACCGGCAGAGGAGACAGUCCAGCGUCCAGCACACCGACCGUCAUCACACACCGCACCGGCAGCCAGCGUGUUCCAACUCCAAAAGAAAUAGAUGUAACUGAUAUUCAGGACCAGACCAUGUGGGUGCGCUGGACCCCCGCCAGAGGCCCAAUCACUGGCUACAGAGUCACCGGGAGGCCCAAAAAUGGAGCGGGACCCGAUUUUACCAAGAAUGUGGGACCUGAUCAGACAGAGAUGAAAAUAACAGGUCUGGUGCCGACAGUCGAGUAUGUAAUCAGUGUCUUUGCCAUCGGCCGUGACGGAGAUACCACACCAGUGGUGCAGAGAGCGACUGCAAAGUCACCAGAUAUUCCCAGCGAUCUGACGUUCUCUGAUGUGGACAGCAACUCUUUGCGCGUGUCCUGGCAGCCUCCGCAGGGUCGUGUCACCUCGUACCGUGUCUUCUACUCAAGCCCAGAGACAGAAGAACGCGAGUGGACGCCAGCUCCGAGCCGGAACGAUAACAACGUACUUCUUCAGCAACUGAGACCCGGAACUGAAUACAGCGUCAAAGUGGUCGCCACUACCGACCGCGGCGCCACCGCACAGUUGGCGGGAACACACACCACCCCUGUUCCCGCCCCCUCCAACAUUCAGUUCGGAGACGUGGGCCCCUCGUCCUUCGUGGUGCUCUGGAGGGCACCAAACGUCAGGUUGAACGGCUAUCGUGUUCUCGUGACGCCGAAAAACAACAUUGCAGAGCCAAAAGAAUUUAAUGUCGCGCCUAAUGCCAUGCAGGUCACCGUCACUGGACUCCUGGUGUCCACGGUGUACGAGGUACAUGUGUAUGCCCUGAAAGAUUCCGUUAGCAGCCUGCCACUUAUUGGAGAGAUCACUACAACUGAAGACAUCAGCCCUCCCCGGCGCACUCGCAUCAGCGAAGUCAAGGACACAAGCAUUACACUCUCCUGGCGCGUCAAGAUCGAGCCAAUAACAGGUUUCUUGAUUGAGGCUAAGCCUGUAUCAGGAAACUAUCCAACCAUCAGGAUGGAGAUUCCAGCUGAUCAGCGCACUGCCACGAUAACAGGUCUUCAGCCUGAUACUGCUUACAUCAUCAACAUGUACACAUUGAACGGAGACCGACGUAGCGCACCCUUCACCCUCAACACCAACACAAUUGGUUCGUCUCUCCAGCCUCCCACCAACCUCCAGUUCCUAGCUCUGACGCCAAAUUCCAUCUCCUUCAACUGGCAGCCACCCACAAGCCACAUAACAGGAUAUUUCAUCACUUACGAGGAAGAAAAUGGCAACCCACGUGAGCUCACGCCGCGCCCACACGCCGGCGUCAACUACGCCACCAUCUUAGGUCUGAAACCAGACACCGUGUACAUCAUUAAGAUCAUCGCUCUGCAGAACUCACUGAGAAGUCCAGCUCUGGUGGGCAAAGCCAGAACACAGGAAACGGUGCUGUUUCCGCUGCCUGUACAUCCGCGCCCCAACAACCGCGGCCCCUUGGACGUGCCUGAGACGGACGUGAACGUGGCGGGUCCUACAGUCCAGCCAAUUCCAGGUCACAAUGGCCAGGGCAUGGAGUACACCGAAUACAACAACCAGCCAACUCUGCCUCACAGCGGGCAACAACCACGUCCCGGGCAUUACGUCCCGGGCCAAACUCUCAUCUACCUGCCCGCCCCGGGGCCAGAUGGCUCACGGGUGCCCAAGGUUGUGCAGGUGAGCGACAAAAAUGCUCACAGUGUCCUUUUUCCAGAAAAUGAGACGGGGGCGCCUCAGGAGGCUCAGACUCAGACUACUGUCAGCUGGCAGCCCUUUAGGCAGAGCCAGUCUUACCUUGUGACCUGCCAUCCAGUCACACAUCGUGAUGAGAAGAUGUUCCAGAUUCAACUUCCUGCCACCUCCACCAGCGCCACGUUGAUCGGCCUCACGUCCGGUGCUUCAUAUCGCGUCCUCGUCGAGGCUCUAAAGGACGCACUCAAGUACAAAAUCGUUGACGAGGUCAUCACCGCCGGUAACACAGAUCCAGCACGAGUUCCAGGAGUUUCAGACAGCGAUGAUUCCUGCCACGACACUUUAUCUGGUACUCGUCACAACAUCGGGGAUGAGUGGGAGCGUAUGUCCGAGACCGGCUUCAAGCUGUGGUGCAGGUGCCUGGGUCUGGGCAGUGGCCAUUUCCGAUGCGACUCCUCCAAGUGGUGCCAUGACAACGGCAACAACUACCGCAUUGGCGAGCGCUGGGAGAGACAGGCGGAAAACGGUCACAUGAUGAGCUGCACCUGCCUCGGCAACGGCAAGGGAGAGUUCAAAUGCGAGCCACACGAGUCGACGUGUUACGAUGAUGGAAAGACGUACCAGGUGGGAAACCAGUGGCAGAAAGAGUAUCUCGGAGCGAUCUGUACCUGCACAUGUUACGGAGGACAGCAGGGUUGGCGUUGUGAAAACUGCAAAAAGCCAGGAACAGAGAUCAACACUCAACUGCUGAGGCCGGUCCGUUACGGAGACGGCACCGCCAGAGUGAAUAUCCACUGCCCAAUCGAGUGCCUCCGGCCGGAUAUCCUAGCCGACGCUGUAGCCAAUCCCAACAGGAGAGAGUGAAGUGAUUCGUGACUUUACCUUUCCCCCCUUCCUGCCAAAACCUUGUACCUGUUAACAUGGCUCUGAUCUAAGACGCAACAUCUGUGAGACGAACACCUCCCUAGUGCCUUAAAGCCUUCCUACUGGUUACUGCAAUCACCGCUGCUGCUUCUCCGGCCAAUCAGAAAAACCCACAUGACACCAUAGUGAUGCCAUAGUGAUUUCUAUUGCUUUUAAUUGGUUGUGCUGCCGUCCAGGCAUCUGAUUGGCUUUGAUCUCGUCUUUUGUAAACAAAGAUGAUAAAACAUUUAAUACAUAGAAUGUUAUACAGUUUAAGGAUAAAUAAAAUGAAUCAAAUGUUAUUUAAAUAAAUAAAUAAAAAACCCUGAACAAAGAAUUUUAAAAAUCAAGCACUGAUUUGUGAGAAUGUUGGCUUUUAGCAAACUGAGCUUUUUUAAUUGUUUUUUUUUUCCCUUCUUUUUUUCUUUCAUAUGGCACGAGUUUACUCAGAGCCAGCACUGUUUUUUAGAUCAACAAAUGAUUUUGUCCUGAUUUGUCUAAUGCUUUGUGAUUUAUUUAUCAAUUUGGCCCUACGAGUGUUUUCAUUAAAUGCAGUAAAGAAAGUAAUUUUGUACUGUUGGUGCCAAAGUCAUCACUACUGUCAAAUUCCCAUUUUUAAUAAAGUUUUAAAAUGAACCAAAA